AUGAGGCCUGGACGACAACGAUGGCGGUAUCAAAUCCAGUUUCUUCUUCUAAUUUUCUUUCUUCCGGAUGCGGUGAAUUCUGUAAAGUGUUACUGUACUGAUGAUCACUGUGUACCGUAUGGAUCAUGUGAUGGAACAGUUUGUCUGGUUGGAAUACUCAGAGACAGUAAUCAAGUGAUACGAACAUGUGGAACCAACACUUUGGGAUGUCAUAAGAACGAAGAUGAUAAAUGGACGGAUUUGUGUGCAUGUGAUCAACCGUUCUGCAACACAUUCGCCUUUUUAAGAACUCAUACAAGAAGAACGUCUUCCGCUUCAUCAUCUUCUUCGUCUUCUUCUUCUUCUUCUUCUUCUUCUUCUUCUUCUUCUUCUUCUUCUGGUUAUGCUCCGUCUUCUUCCUCAUCUCAUUUCGAUUCCAGUCGUCAAGAGGAUUCAAUGUCACCUGCUGAGCCACCUGGACACCACGAUGCUCCGUUGGUUUUUCAUCGAAUGGAUCGACCCGACGAUGGAAUUCCACCGCCUCCACCUGGUUUAAUGGAACGAGAAGGAACGACAAAGACAUCAUUACUCACUGUACUUUUGGUUCUUGUUCCUCUUACAGUCGGAGCAGCUACUGUUAUGGUCGUUGCAUUCAACUACUACUGUCAUCUAUGUUAA